AUGUUCACAACGAAUGAUGAAGGGAAGAGGGUUUAUUCUUUGAAGAAGAUAACCACAUCAGGCAAGAUAACCAAAUCCGCACAUCCAGCUAGAUUCAGCCCAGAUGACAAGUUCUCCCGUCACAGGGUGACAAUAAAGAAGAGAUAUGGUAUCCUGCCAACGCAAUUACCAAGGAAUAGAGCAUUUUGA